AUGUCUGUGUUAUCACAAGAAGCGCAUCUGAAGUCCUACCAGAAGCGUCUGAAGGAUGACAUCAACUCGAUUGUGGAGAACUUCACGCGAAUCCUAUCGAUGGUGCGGUGCGAAGGCGACCACCAGUUGAGCGGAUCUGAUGUGCAGACCAUGUCUUACGAGAUGUGCUGUCGAGCGGCCAAUAUAUGCAGAGCCAGUGAAUCCCUACUGAAACUCAUUUGGGAUAUCAAGCAGUUCCUGAUCAUCAAUGACUUCCCGCUCAUCAACGAGUCCAUCAGCAAGAGAGUGGACACGAACCUCAUUAACGUCACUGAGAUUGACCACAAACUCCUGACUCUGAGGGACGAGAUCGCCAACGAGUUGUACGAACUCGAGGACGAGUACUACAACUCACUCAUCAAGUGA